CGGAUUUACAUCCCACAUUUAUAGCCAAAAAAGUUUUUUAGUGUUUUAAAGACGUCGUAUAGGCCUAAUUGACUGUAGUGUUGCCUUAUUACAAUGUUAGCGUUGCGUAAUAUUUGCAUCACAUACAAAUGUGCAAUCAAGUAAUUAGUCUACAUUUAAAUCUACAUUUAAUAAUAUGAAAUUUACUUAAAAUUAUUGUACAGUGCGACUUUAAAGUGGAAAUUGUUCAAUUCGCUUACCUGACCAAAAUUAAGUGUGACGCUGAGAUGCUUAAGCAACCUUAUAGCCUAGACUUGGCGUCCUAGUCAUGUAAAAUCGCAUUACAUUCCAUGCACGAGCCGGAAUGAGACGGAAAACCUGAGGACCGUCGCACAAGUGUCAAGAUGCUUCGUUAGCAGAAUGCGUUUGAUAAACGUAGGGAAAAACAACGCACUGACAUAAAAGUUCAGUAUUCCCAAGGUAGGGCACGUGCAUUCAUUGCCAGGGCUGAGGACCUGCCUCUUUAUCAGCCCAAUGAGCGCGACAAAGGGGAGGCUCUUCCCACCAAACACCUCUCGUCCAUCUCUCCUCACUCCUCCACUCAGCGAGCGGGCUUGCCGGAGCUCACCGACACCCUGUCAACGCCAAGCCACUAAACUGUAGGCUACGGAUCCUAAUUGUUCCCAACCGCAUCUGUCAACUUAUUCUCCUUAUUUAUUUAUUUUUUCUUGUCCAUAUUCAGUUGACAGAAAAUUGACAAGUGACAGCAUUAUUGCGAAACAAGUCACGUCUUCUCUGAUAUUUUCUAUCUUCUGUGAAUGACAUGGAACGGACGUCCGGAUGAUAAACAAUCUCUUACAUUGAUGAACCAACUAAUGGAUGUCACAUUUUGCAGCGCGCCUUCCUUCUCUGCGUUCUGGAGACAGAUCAGAGUGCAUCCGUGACCAUCCUCACAACAUGAACUCAAGCUGGGGGAUACGUAGAACAAAAGAGUAACCAUUCAGCUGUCUGUCAGCUGGUCAACCCCUGACUUUUGGAGGGGAAGCAAAAAAAAAGGCAAAGAGAAAAUAUUACAAAAAUGCUAAAACGAGGAGAGGAGAUGCAGCGAGAUCUAUGGACUUCUCUUCUGCUAGUCUGGAUUACUUGUGUGCCGUGCUCUUCCAUGGCUCCGUUAAACAAUCAGUCACAAAGUUUACAAACGGUAUCAGCCAUGAUCCCGCGAAACCGGCCAAGCGAAGGACAAAGAAUCCUCAGUCGUGCCAAGAGAGGAUGGGUUUGGAAUCAAAUGUUUGUGUUGGAGGAGUUCUCUGGACCCGAUCCAAUUCUGGUUGGCAGGCUCCAUACAGAUUUGGACGUGGGGAAUAAGAACAUCAAGUAUGUGCUGGCAGGGGAAGGGGCGGGCACCAUCUUUGCCAUCAACGAGAGGACGGGAGAUAUUCACGCCAUGAAAAGGCUAGACCGAGAGGAGAAGGCCGAGUACACGCUCACGGCGCAGGUCAUCGACAGAGACUCCGACCAACCUCUGGAACCACCGUCAGAGUUCAUCAUCAAAGUGCAAGACAUCAAUGACAACCCCCCACAGUUCAUUGAGGGGCCUUACAAAGGUUCAGUGCCAGAGAUGUCCCAAGUGGGUACAUCAGUAACGAGAGUAACUGCAACUGAUGCGGAUGAUCCGGUGUAUGGAAACAGUGCCAAACUGGUCUACAGCAUUCUGGAAGGCCAACCUUAUUUCUCCAUCGACCAAACCACUGCAAUCAUUAGGGUGGCUCUGGCAGGGAUGGAUCGUGAGAUGAGGGAAGAGUAUCUUGUUGUCAUUCAAGCAAAAGAUAUGGGAGGUCACAUGGGUGGGUUGUCAGGAACCACCACUGUGACAGUCACUCUUACCGAUAUCAACGAUAACCCACCAAAGUUCACAAAGGGCUCUUAUGAGUUCAAUAUUCCUGAGGAUCUUGGCAUCGGGAAACCUGGAGGAAGAGUAAAAGCGAAUGACAGAGACAUCGGGGAAAAUGCUAAAUCAACUUACACCAUCAUAGGUGGAGACGAGAGGGAUGUCUUUGAGAUUGUCACUGAUGCUCAGACUCAGGAGGGAAUCCUCAGACUCAAGAAGCCUCUGGACUUUGAGUCAAAACAUUUCUACAACCUAACAGUGGUUGCGACCAAUAUACGUGCCGAUUCGAUUACUGGUGGGCCCUACAUGGACCAGGCCACGAUCAAAAUCGUUGUUGAGGAUUCAGAUGAACCCCCUGUCUUCACAAAGUCCACUUAUCUCUUCGAUGUGCACGAAAACGCUGCAAUCAACACAGUCAUAGGAGCGGUAGUGGCGACAGACCAGGAUGCCCCACACAGCCAAGUCAGGUAUUUUAUUGAUAGGCACACAGAUUUAGAGAGGCAGUUUAACAUUAACGUUGAUGAUGGGAAGAUCACAUUAGCUAAACCUCUGGAUAGAGAGACGGAUAUGUGGCACAAUAUUACCGUGACAGCCACUGAAAUUCGAAACCACAGCCAGAUUUCCAGAGCCAUAGUUGCAAUCAAAGUGCUGGACAUAAAUGACAAUGCCCCUGAGUUCGCCACCGAGUAUGAGGCUUUUCUCUGUGAGAAUGGAAAACCUGGACAGGUGAUUCAGACCAUCAGCGCUGUGGACAAAGACAAUCCUUCCCAGGGACACACUUUCCACUACCGCCUAGAGGUGCUUAACAAUCCCAAUUUCACCAUCAAAAACAAUUUAGAUAACUCGAUCAGCGUUCUUGCCAAGCAUGAUUCCUUUCGGCGUCAGAAACAAGAGACGUACCUCCUGCCCAUCGUCGUGACUGACGACGGAGAGCCUCCGAUGAGCAGCACGAACACUUUAACUAUCCGGGUGUGCGGCUGCAGCAGGGAAGGCAUUGUGCAGUCGUGUAACGUGGAGGCUUUUGUUCUACCCAUUGGUCUCAGCAUGGGAGCUCUGAUUGCUAUUUUAGCUUGUAUAAUUCUACUUCUCGUUAUCGUGGUCUUGUUUGUGACAUUGAGGAGACACAAGAACGAGCCUCUAAUCAUCAAAGACGACGAGGACGUGAGGGAGAACAUCAUCCGUUACGAUGACGAGGGAGGCGGGGAGGAGGACACGGAGGCCUUUGACAUCGCCACCCUGCAGAACCCAGAUGGCAUCAACGGCUAUCUGCCCAGGAAGGACAUCAAGCCUGACCUGCAGUUCAUGCCCAGACAAGGUCAGCACUCGGGUCCGAACGGAGUAGACGUAGAUGAAUUCAUCAACGUACGGCUGCACGAGGCAGACAACGACCCUACGGCUCCACCAUAUGACUCCAUUCAAAUCUACGGCUACGAGGGCAGGGGCUCCAUUGCGGGCUCGCUGAGUUCCCUCGAAACGGCCUCCUCGGACUCGGACCAGAACUAUGAUUACCUCAGAGAGUGGGGUCCUCGCUUCAGAAGACUGGGCGAGCUUUAUUCGGUGGGCGAGAGCGACAAAGAGACUUGACCUCCAGUCACUACGGACCUUUUGCUUUCGUCCACGUGACUUGUGUAUUAUGCUACGGGGAUGUUAGACACUGCUGUUAAAACGGGGGGGAAGCCUUUUUUUUUGUUUAAACUUCUUAGAGAGACCUAAUAGCAUUAGUCAUCUACCACAUAAGAGUGCAUUGUAACGUCAGAACUUAACAGUGUCUAUAGUAGGAGGUCAAUGAUUCUUGUGGAGUGUGAGUUUAGAUUACCGUCACUGAGUGUCUAGCAGUAUUUUGGGUGUUUGUUGUUCACUGUGACCACCAGAGGCAUCAGAACUUUGAUUCUUGGUAGUCGCUUGAAAAGACUGGAUGGAAAGAGGACAUUUGGGAGGACACCUUGUAGCCCGCUGGGGCAGGAGAAACAGGACUGCAGAGGCCUCAACAUGACACCGCUCCCCAGCGACAACAGAUCUCUUGCCGUCAUUCAGCCAAUCAGAUAAAGGAACAUUUAAAAAGAAGGUAAACUAAAUAGCAAUAUAUUGUCUACAUUACUUAUGAAUGUAUGUGUGAUUUAACAAAUGCGGGCGCAAUGAAAAUACAUCACACUGGCUUUAGGAGCUGCCUGCUGAGAUAAGAUUCGACCCUUUGAUACUACGUGGCCAGAUUUCUGGAGUAAACUGAAAAAGCCUCGAGGCUUGCUUUAUACAACCCUUUGUAUCCAUAUGCUUUAAGUGUGAUUCACACUCAAAGAUGAUUAGAGUGUGUAAGACUGAGUUGAGGACAACAAGAGAAUUGUGGAAACAAUGAGGCCUUCGUUUUACAAAAGCAAGCAUUAAAUACAGUCGUAUUCCAAUGUUUUUUGGAACAUUGAUGUGUUUCUUCAUUAUUGUGUAUGUUUUAUAUAAAUAUAAAAAUAUUCAUCGCCAGUCGUCUGUUUUGUGCUGCAGGUUUGAGUAUAUUUGUACUUUUUAUUUUUUUAUUUAUUUAUUUAUUUUAGUGAAAUUGUUAUUUUUAUUAACUUUUUCAUUUAAAGUUUCAAGCUUUUCCUCUUCAGCUUUGUUUCAUUCUGCUGCGUCACUGUUUUUUAAAAGUUGAACUGAAUUUCUCUGCUGAAAUUCACAUGGUGAGAUUCGUUACUACACUGAACUGUGAAAUCCACAGAGGAUUUGUUCUUGACCGGGAAAGAUAAGUCAAUAUUUUAUUGACAGUGUGUGUGUGUGUAUAUAUAUUCACAUACUAUAUACAGUGAUAUCAGUGAUCAUUCUAAGCACAAUAGCUGAAAGCAUCUAGUUCAUGUUUAUAUUUGACCCCUGCCAUUUUUAAAAUCAAAAGUCAGAAACCAUCGAGUAAAGAAAUACAGAAACAGACAUGCGUAAUGUGCUGCACUGUAUGAUAUUAGAGCAAAAAAAAAGAAAAAAAGAAAAAUAUGUACAUAGAGUCAUUGCUGAUUCUCUUAGCUUUUCUUUGAAGUGAUGGGUUUUGUCUAUGCACGUUAGCUAUUGCACAUGGGGAUCUGGCACUGGAGCUGCGUGCAUAUUCUGUUUGUAUCGAUGCGAUAUAUAUGGCGAUUCUCUUGGACGGACAGUAUAUAUAAAAUAGUCUUUCAUGCAAAUCAUAUUUUCUACUGUGCUUUAAUGCUCAUACACUUGUGUUUAAUUAGCUACUCUCUGUAUUGUAAUCUAAGAUAUCCAUGUAUUGUUUCCUACUUUGUGAAAUAUAUUUUUAUAAAUACUUGUGGGUGUAACUUUUCUUAAGCCACAGGUCAUACCCGUACAUGUGAUCUCUUUCUUGCUUUUAUGUUUUAAUGAAAAUGAUUCUCUCAUUUGGCAUAAAACUAGGUCUGCUGAUUAAGAAUAUAAACUAAAUUGAUUACA